AUGGCUACAGAUCCUGAACCAAACCUUAUAAUUUCACGUUAUACCGAUGUAAAUAAUGAACCAGUAAAAAAAUUACUCAUACCAAUAAAAGGUUAUCAAGAUGAACCAUUACUACCAUUAAAGAUAGCUGUCGAACCUAUUUCACAUUUGUUUAUCGACUUAGAAGACUAUGUACUUAUUGCUCUGCACAACUCUCAAAAACCCAAUGAUGGUUUAACGGUAGAUGAAAGUGCUACAAUACAUUUGUAUACAAUGCAAUUCCAAUCCGGCGUUAGUUUAUAUGUUAUACUCAACCAUAUAUUGAGAUCUGAACAGAGACAGGACAUAAAACCAUGGUUUCCGUUUUUGAAACUAUUAAUGACAGCUUUAUACAAACUGCCGUCACUUCCAGCGACAACCAUUUGGCGUGGUGUACGUGAUCUUGAUUUACAAAAAAAAUAUGAAACCGGUGCAAGAUUUGCAUGGUGGGGUGUUAGUUCAUGUACAACAACAAUCGACGUUCUGACAUCACCACGAUUUCUCGGUAAGACGGGUGUACGUACAAUGUUUGCAAUUCACUGCGUCAAUGGUAAAUCAAUUGUAAAUCAUUCCUACUAUAGUGCAACUGAAAAAGAAAUUAUUUUAAUGCCCGGUUCAUUCUUUGAAGUUAUUGGUCAAAUUGAUGCUGGAUCAAACUUACACAUUGUAGAAUUGAAAGAAAUUGAUCCACCAAUGGAAUUGGUAAAGCCACCAUUUCAAAAUGCAACGAAAUCGCCAAGUGUAUCACAUGAUGGCGCAGCGGGCAUCACGACUAUUCCAGUUUCAUCAUAUCAUUCAAAACCGCCAAGAAAAAGCUAUGCAUCUUCAAUAGGGCAUAAAAAAUCAGCCAAUAUUUUCAAUGAACAGCCAUUAUUUCUUACCCCCACUACUGCUCAUAUUUCAUCAUAUCAGGCGAAACCGCCGAGUAUAGAUGAUCCAUCUUCUCAGACGCCAUUUGCUCAAAGUACACUAUUAUCAUCUGCACAACAAUGUAAACUAAACGAAUUCUAUGGUAAAUUGAAUCAACAGUGGGAAUUAAUCUUUAGAGGAACAAGAAAUGGUUUUCAUAGCGAAGAAUUUCAUCGUUGCUGUGAUAAUAAAGGACCAACAGUUACUGUAAUUCAAUCGGAGGAUGGCUAUUUAUUUGGUGGUUACACCACAGUUCCAUGGAAGACACCUGAAGAUAGUCUAUUCGGCGCACCCAAAGAAGAUUCAACAGCCUAUCUAUUUACACUAACAAAUCCACAUCAUAUACCAGCGACAAAAUUCAAAAUUAGAAAUGAUCAAAUUGCACAAGCCGUUCUUCAUAGAGAUGAUCAUGGACCAUGUUUCGGUAGUGGUGAUAUAUGUAUGCGAUCGAAUUCGAAUGUUAACAGCGAAUCGCACAGUCGUUUUCCACAAACCUACGUCGAUACAACCGACAUAGGCAAAACACUUUUUACGGGCUCACGUUAUUUUGCUACGGCAGAAAUUGAAACGUUUAGAUUGAUGUAA